UAUUUAAACAGCCAGACGCUAUAACAAUUCAAGAAAUAAAGACUUUUUAAUUAAUUGCAGUAAAAUAUCUGUCUUAAUUACCAGUCAGCACCCGUUGCAAGGUGUAUAUUUAGUUGAACCUGAAAUCGUUCGUUCAUUACAGGAACCUUUAAAUUCGUGCUUUUUUUUGUUAACAAAAAAAACCAUAGUACGAAUGUCUAUUUAAUUAUCAGUUAAUAGUCAUUAAAUAGCAUACCGUUCUCCUUACCCUCGACAGGCUGUAACUUUUCAAGGAUUUUAUCGAAUUCCUUUUUAGAUAAUCUGAAAGGAAGAAUUUAAGAAUCUCUUUGAUUUUUUUAAUCUUUUUUCUAGGACUGUCUCCUUUACAUCCUCCCACCUUACUUUUCAAUUAGUUUGGAUUGCCUUCUACCUUAUUUAUUUAACAACUAUAUCAACAUAUCCAAAGCAUAACAUGCAGAAUGCUCGUGAAGUACGAGCGAAUGCAGUUAAUUCCCGCAGAAAGUCCUUGGAUCCCCUUCCAGAUGGAUCACAUCGUCCAGAUGAUUCUUUCGAAAAAAGUCAUCGUCGAUCCCUCACUUAUCUUUCAGAAUUUUCGGCAUCCAUUUUUAGUGAAGCGAAGAGAAAUUCUUUAAGUCGUCGCUCGUCGAUUACUCAAACACAGAAUGAAGAAGCUAUCAAAGCUCAGAGACAUAGCCGGUCGGGCCACCGAUAUUCACAUUCUGAGACUCGCAAAGGUCUGUCGCUUACACCGAAUGAACAGAAGCCUAAUGAAGCUGAUGGAUAUUUUUCGAGCUCAUAUCUACGCGACUAUCCGCAGUACCCGGAAGCCCACAGUUCGCUUCAAAAAGUCUCAUCUGCUGAUCAUGUUAGCAUGGAUGAAAUUGAUCCUACGGUUGCUAUAAGUCCGGGCGAUACUACCAUAGCUGGACCUCCUCUGCUAAAAACUCCUAAUCAUAUGAGCCGUCCACCUUUGCAGCUUCAUCAUAGCUUCAAUAAAGGUCUAUUUCGUGCUAGAGGGCUUCGUACGGAUGAAACUUUAGUCACACCUCCUGGAUCGGCCUCACCUACCAUUGCUGAGAAUGCGGAUCUUGGCUCAUUAGAGAGUUUGAAAGUUAACGGGUAUCCUUCGCUUCCUUUAACUGUAGAACAAUCAUUGUCGUCGCCAAAACCGAAGGAUGAUUAUCUUAAGCCUUACAUAUCUGACGUUGAUUCACAAAUACAGUCUGAGCCAAGAGGGCGUCGCGAUAGUAUUCUUAGUCAACGUGACAGUCUUGGUUUAUAUAUGCCAAGUAGUGAAGAUCCCUUUGAAGACGAAGAUGAGGAUGAGGAGUUUGAGACAUCAGCGAAUCAUUGGGGCCAAUCAUUUCUCUCAAUCCCCUCCUUCAUUUAUAGUGAUUUGACUACUAAUCCUAAGAAUAAAGAACGCUUUGUAUGGCAAUAUAUGUUAAAUUCUGUCCUCACGAGUGAUAUUGUAAAAAUCGAGAAACUUCGUCUUCGGAAAAUUGCUUCUUCACAAAAAGACGUUAAUAGUAAUUACUCUGAGAGUUUGUGGUUAGAAAUUUAUUGCUGGCUUACCCAUCGCUCCAUUGAUUAUCAGAAAGAAGAUUUAAAAUACAUGCGAGCGGGCAUGAUUGAUUUACUGCUGGAAAUACUGAAUUUUCGUUGGGAGGAGGAUAACCAAGGUUCACCCUUAGAGGCUGUUGAUCGAUUAUUAAAUAAACUAGAGAAAUACGAAAGGCUAUAUCCAUCACGAAGGGCUAUUCUUUCGGAUCACAGUCUUUACGCGUCCGAAUCAUUCCAACAUAAACUGGACGUCCUUACCGCGUACUCAAAUAGUAUACAUGCAUUACUUCUUCAAAUAAACAUUCUGCGUAACUGGGUUGGAAACGACGAUCUUGAUAUUACUAGAAAAAAAUCGAACCUGUCUAACAAUUCGACUCAAAUUUCGGAUGGCCCUUUUGUUGAACGACUGUGUCGUGAAUGUGGAUUAAUUCGUUCUUUCGAAGUUAAGAUCAUGGUAGAUAUGAACCUUAUCCUCACAAAGAUUUGCAGUACGUUGGUAACUUAUCGCGAAGAAUUGAAGCAAUGCAAUCUUCCUCAUUAUGUGGAUGAGUAUAUGCGUUUGGUAUCAUUUCCAUCUAAGUUAAUAAAGGAAAUCUUAAAUUUGCGCUUGUCCUAUGCAGAAAGUAUUAUGAAUGUGUCACCGUUCACUAUAGACUCCCUUCUUUACGACCUUCGAAGCGCAAUGAGCUUAGCUGUUGAUAUUAUGCAGCAAUAUGCUAUCCUUGUUGAUCAAAUCUGCAAUGAUCAAUUAACUUCAGAUGAAAGUCAAACAUUAAAUGAUGUUUUGGUGACAUCGCUCAAGGUAUAUUUUGAUUUACUGAAACGGAAAGUUAAAAAUGGAUGUGCUUUACAUUAUUUUAAAGAAACGGAAGUUUUGGAAGAUGAAUGGGAGUUUUUAUCGAGCAUAUGUCCUUUUAUUCAAAACGGAUAUCAACUAAUGACUAAGAAUUUGACUAGGUUCGUGAGCGAUAUACUGGUUAAUAUUAAUCAAUACUUGAACGAUCAAUUGGAAGAACCUAAUCUAACAAGCCCUUCAAUAAUUACUUCCUUUUACAUGAAGACCCUUGAUUGUGUUCGAAUACGUUUCAGAAAGUUGAUGAGCUUUGCUAGAACUUUAAAGUCAUGUAUGGAAAAUUCGAGUGAGUACAUCAUUCGGGAAGAUGCAUUGUCGGUUUUAGUUCAGCGAUUAUGUGAGUCAAAUCACAUACUGACAUACACUGCAAGUAUCGAACAUGAGGGUGCAUAUGUCAUUGUCCCUGGUCAACUUGAGAAUUCACCGAACGUACUACGCGAGGUUCUUUCUAUGACUUUUAACCAAAACCGCUUUCAAUAUGAAGGAUUGAUUCCAUAUGUAAUCGUAAUCUCUCCUAAUACCUCCAUAUAUUGGACGGGGCGUGUGAUGAAUCUUGAUGUUCCUGAAGUUUCUAUAGCUAUAGCUCCUAAUCGUGUGAGGUUGGUAACUGCGGUUACUGGGGAACAGCUAUCUAUGGCUCGAGAAAUAUUUGAAGAGUUGGUUGGUGAUACUGUCAACUUAGAAAACCCAUCUAAAGCAAACUCCUCUCUCGUUAAUAAGGAAAUGACAAGAACAAAAAAGCAUGCGCUUAAGCUAGCAUUAUCUUUACUUGAUGCCAUUCAUCUUAUUCGGAUUAACUUUCAUGGUCGGAAUUGUCAAAAUCUGAUUCACUACUCUUUUUCAUAUGCUAUUGAAUUCGCCCAACGUUUAAUGAGACUUUCGAUUUUGGAUCCAUCCAGCUUGGGACCAAUUAGAAGAAGAAUGAUUAUGCUGGCUAUAAGCUGGGUUGGGUUUAUUUACGAUGACUGUUCCCCGACUGACCGUAAUACAUUCCGUUGGACGGUAACAGCGUUAGAAUUUGCUAUGAUUAUGACCUACGGUUCGAAUAUAUUAAUGAUUGAAAGAAAAGCAUUUGAAGAAUUAAGAGACAAAGUCGGAAAGUGUAUGGCUCUUUUACUUUUGCAUUUUGAUGUCAUGGGUUCUUAUAAUGUUGUGGAGAACCAGGGUACAGAGAUUCCUGCUCGGUUGAUUAAGCACAGUACCAAACAAACGAACUUCAAUGAUGAAGAGUGCAGUGAAUUUGUGAAAGAAGAGGUGAUGCGCCACAUUGUCGAACUUGAAGUUCGUCGUAAGGAAUUUCUUACACAAUCACAACUGAUUGGACGCGUUCUAGACGAUACUAGUGAAGAAAACAGACUACUUAAGGAACUUGCGUCCGCGAAUUCGAAUAUCACUAUUCGAUGGCAACAAGGCGAGAUUAUUGGAAGAGGUUCCUUCGGUACUGUCUAUCGAGCUGUAAACUUAGAUACUGGUGACUUAAUGGCAGUUAAGACAAUUGCGCUUCAUAAACCGCGGAUCUCAAGAUCAUUGAUUAAACGGAUUAGAGGUGAAAUGAUUAUUCUGGAGUUACUUGAUCAUCCAAACAUUGUAUGUUAUUACGGCAUCGAGGUUCACCGUGAAAAGAUAAACAUAUUCAUGGAGCUAUAUCAAGGGUCAACUCUUGCUGAAUUUUUGCGCUAUGGAAGAAUAGAGGAUGAACUGGUUAUUCAAGUAUAUGUCUUGCAAUUACUGGAAGGAUUGAGUUACAUGCAUUCAUGCGGUAUUUCUCACCGAGAUGUCAAACCUGAAAACAUUCUUUUCGACGACAAUGGUGUUAUGAAGUUCACUGAUUUUGGAUCAGCAAAGAUUUCAGUUCCGACUGCAUCCAAAUUAUAUGAGCAGUUGACAUUGCAAGAAAAAGAAGAAUAUGAAAAGGAGUUUCCUGAAGAUCCUACAACAUCAAACUUUCAUAGGAACAGUACUUUAACUGGAUCACCUAUGUACAUGGCACCCGAACUGUUACUUGGUACGAGUACGGAUGAAGUGGGUGCGAUGGAUAUAUGGUCAUUAGGUUGUGUUAUUGUUGAAAUGGCAACCGGUUUUCCUCCUUGGCCAAAACUAGAUAAUCGCUUUUCGCUCAUGUUUUACAUAUCGGCUUUGAAUCCUCCGAUCAUACCACAAGAUGAUCAGCUGUCACCAAUGGGACAAAGGUUUCUUAAGCGAUGCUUCGCUACAGAGCCGGAGAAACGGGCUACAGCAGCAGAUUUACUUAUGGAUCCCUGGCUUUACGCACUCAGAGUUGGUACAGAGUUUGAUCUAUUAAACAAUUCUACGAAAUCGGAAGAAGAGUCCUAUUCCAAUAGCGCAAUUCCAAUGGAGCUAUAGACUCAGAAGAGAAAGCAGGCUUAUUCUCUUCUGAUUCCAAUAAUUCUGUUUUGCCAAAGGAUCACUUAAUGUAAUCAGUAUACGAUAUUUUUGGGUUGUGUUUGGUAUUAUUUAGUUUUCAGUUUAUCUGAACGUUUUGGUUGAUAAUGUUUCUAUUUACUUUAUAAUUUGCAUGACUUAAAUAUUAAUUAAUAUGAAAUAUUACCUAAUGAAUAUUUCAACAAGUGUGUUUGUUUACUGCGAAUAGCGACCUUGAACUUUGCAGCGGAAACGAAAUUCCAUUGACAAAAUUUUGAAAAAAAUUCGAUCCACCUAACUCAUUCUAGCUCUGGUGUAUAACAUUUUCUAUUCUUUACUGUCUCUUUACAAAUCCCAAAUUACAUUCAUACAACUCAAAAAAAAAAAAUGUAAAUGUCAAAAUAAGCUUUUGGAAUAUACAUUCUAUAAAGAACACCAAAAGUAUAUCUUAUUCAGAAUUUUUCCUCUAACCAGUAAGUUUUUAAAUGGAAUGACA